AUGGCCGGUUUUGCUGUGAUUGUAUUAGCAUUAGCUAGUUGUAUGUGGUUUGGGACAACGGGGCAGCCCCGCUGUAGCACUGUAGGUGCUGCAGGUUUAUUGGGAUGUGAAUGUAACUUCCUCGGCGCUUGCAAUGUUCGUGGGAAUCGAGUGUCUGGCCUAAACAUAUUGAACCAUUCGCCAAACGGUCUAGAACGGUACGCACAUGCCAAAAGCGUUUUCUCUGGAAAAGAUUUUAGGUUUUUAUGCGAAAGUAAUACGGUGGCAAUUCUUUAUGACUGUAACAAUCGAAUACCACUUUACGCAUUCACAGUAGUUAACGGAAGCCAACUAUCGGCAGCGGACGGCCCUCGCCCAACAGGAGUGGAUGCUACAUUUCGAGAAAGCGGAACGACGCUGAAUGGACAUUUUCAGCAGAACACAGAUGACUACUGGGAGGCCUCUAAACGCGAAAUCUACUAUCAGAUACGAGUACCACGAGUGAGAAAGUUAAGAGAUAAAACUUGGUACAAAAAAUUGAACCCGACGCCGUCUUCAGGUGAUAAGGUUAAAGUUGUAAUGCACAGGGGACACUUGAUAGCGUCCCGGUACGGAAUAGGGGAUCAAGAAAAAAAGAAACAGACUUUCGUUUACACUAAUGCCGUUCCUCAGUUUGGGGUUUUUAANAUAAGGUUAAAGUUGUAAUGCACAGGGGACACUUGAUAGCGUCCCGGUACGGAAUAGGGGAUCAAGAAAAAAAGAAACAGACUUUCGUUUACACUAAUGCCGUUCCUCAGUUUGGGGUUUUUAAUUCAGGCUCAUGGAAAACGUGUGAAGGUUACCUCAUUCGGUGGGGUCAAGUUAAUUGCUUGAGGGAAGGAACAGCAGAUGUGGUACAAAACGUUCGGAUGUUCAUCGUUGUCGGAGCGAUUCCAUCGACAUUUAAUGGUCCCUCAGAAACGAGAUUCUUUGGCAGGGGUGGAUUCAGUAACUACCAGGAUGAUUCGAGUUUUCGUGUAAACGUUCCUUCAGAGAUGUGGACUGCUUCCUGCUGUACCUUUGAAUUAACUAGGGGCAGACGAAAAUACUCCAUUACCAAAAAUACGGCAUUUUGGAGAGAAAACGUUCCAGGAAAGGAUGUAUGUCAAAAAAUAGACGUGGAUACGUUGGAAAGAAAGCUAACGCCGAGGGGGGAAACUAGAAUUAAUUUCUUUCCGUCUUCUAAUCAAUGCAGGAGAAGCGCCAACUAUGAACCUCUGCAUUAA